AUACGAUGCAGGCAUUACGAGCGUGUGAGGGAGAAGGAGGAGGAGGAGCUGGAGGUGGAAGUGGAGGCGUGGCCAAGGCAGAUCGAACGAACGCUCAGAACACCUGCGCAUCGGCUUUCGGCUUCUGGUUCCUGUUCCUACUGCCGAUACAUCAGUGCGCUUUGAUUUCUUCCAGUUGGAGCCGAAACCGACCAAGACGGGCGAUGUGGGGACCUGUGCUACUGAGCCUCUCAAUCCUUGUGUCUGCAGAUGGAGGCCUCGCCCCUCCCGACACAGGUCCUCCCACUGGCUCACCUCAGUGCUUUUCUAGUUUAUCGCCCAACAGCAGUUCUGAGCUUCUGCUGCUCUGCUCCUGGCCUGGUGGGCAGCCUGAGCCAACUUUACUCUGGCAAGAGGAUAAUACUAAACCAGCAGGGUCGAGGCAGCAACUCAAUGUCUCUCGGAGGACUGACAGUCUAGUGGUGACAAUGAACAGCACUGACUUAUAUGACGGCCAGACCUUCAAGUGUGUGGGGUGGCAUCCUGAAUUGCAGGACACGACAGAGAAAGCUUGCACUGUGACAUUGAGAGCUCCAUAUCCGGUAGGAUACCCACUGGUCACUGGCUUUGCAAAGCACAACGUGACCCUGAGCUGCAGCGACGAGGUUUCUAACCCACCUGCUAAAAUCACCUGGAUGAGAAAGGAGGAGAUUCGCGACAGCAGCAAGUACGUCAUCUCCCAGGUUGGCCCAGUCUCCUCACUGACAAUUGUCAACUGCAGCAAAGACACUGAUGAAGGGAUAUACUUUUGUAAAACUGAGAACCCCUUGCUACGAGAAAUGGAAGUGUAUCUCACCAUCAAAAAAAUGAGGACCACAAUGAAGUGCUGGUACUGGUGGACACAGACGACGAAAACUCCCUUGAUGACGACAAGGAAUCAGAAAGGCAAACAUCCCCUGCAAGUGGCAGCAUCAACCUGCAGGAGACAAAGCAGGAAGCAGAUGAAAAAGACCCAGCAGACACCCAAAGAAGCGCCACUUAAAUAUUAUUUGGAAUCUAAACUGAAGCUGAGCAAAAAAAAAAAAAAAAACUUCCAUUAUUUCAAAUGUUUCUUGCAUAAAAAUAUGCCAGACCAAAUGAAAGGCAAGACCACACAGAUUCACCCAUGCAAUGUUUAAUACAAAAUAAAUGUUUCCUGAAUGUUAAAUUAAA